UUUUUUAGGAAAUUAGUUUUAUUUUUUUUAAAAGGUGAACUAGAAAAUUAGAGAUUAGAAGCGUAAAAACUAGGGUUUUAGCUCUCAUCUCUUCAGUCUUUCAUGAGGAAGAGUUAAACCUCUUCACUUGAAUUAAUUCAUCAAAUUUUCUCUCUCUUCCUUUCGGAAGCAGCAUAACAAUGGCGAAUCUUUCAGACGGAGAAGAGAUGGAGCUAAAUAUGAAAAAGUAUCUUAGAGGAGAAGCUACUAACUUGGAGGUUUUGAAAGAUAAGAAGCUGAAGGGACAGCUUGCUGUUAAAGAAAAUUUGUACAAACGUUCCGCAAAGGCGGCAGCCGAUGUCGAAAAGUGGCUUAUGCCCUCGGAAGGUGGCUUUAUAGAGCCUGAAGGUAUAGAAAAGACAUGGAAUUUAAAACAGGAGGAUAUUGGCAAUGAAGUUGAUAUUCUAAGUCGAAAGAACCAGUAUGACAUGGUGUUACCAGAUCUUGGUCCUUACAAUAUUGAUUUCACCCCAAGUGGGCGUUAUAUGGCAGUCGCAGGUCGCAAGGGUCACUUAGGUGUCCUUGAUGUGAAAGAUAUGAGCCUAAUUAAGGAAUUCCAGGUGCGAGAAACUGUAAGAGAUGUCGUUUUCCUGCACAAUGAGUUGUUUUUUGCUGCUGCUCAAAAAAAGUAUCCUUACAUAUAUAACAGAGAUGGUGUAGAGCUUCACUGUUUGAAGGAACAUGGGGCUGUAUCAAAGCUUCAAUUUCUGAGGAACCACUAUCUAUUGGCAUCCAUUAAUAAAUUUGGACAACUCCGUUAUCAAGACGUCACUAUGGGUGAGAUGAUAGCUAAUUACCGUACUGGCCUCGGCCGUACAGAUGUGAUGCAGGCCAACUCUUACAACGGUAUCAUCGGCUUAGGACAUUCCAAUGGCACGGUUACCAUGUGGAAGCCUACAAGCCCCAACCCUAUAGUCAAAAUGCUCACCCAUCAUGGACCAUUAACAGCAUUGGCCUUUCACCCAAACGGACAUCUUAUGGCGACUGCGGGAAUGGAAAGAAAAAUCAAAUUAUGGGAUUUGAGAAAAUUCGAGGCUCUUCAGACAAUUCCAGGUCAUGCUAAGUCUUUGCAUUUUAGUCAGAAAGGUUUGCUUGCUGCUUCUUCCGGAUCAUUUGUACAAGUUCUGAGAGAUGUUUCGGGGUCUCAGAAUUACACUCGUUAUAUGAACCAUCCUAUGGUGAAAGGCUAUCAGAUACAAAGGGUUUCAUUUCGACCAUUUGAGGAUGUUCUUGGAAUAGGGCAUUCAAUGGGAUGGUCAUCAAUUUUAAUUCCUGGUUCUGGAGAACCGAACUUCGACUCUUGGGUGGCUAACCCAUUUGAAACAUCGAAACAGAGGCGUGAAAAGGAAGUGAGGUCACUCUUAGAGAAACUUCCCCCAGAGUCUAUAAUGUUGGAUCCUAAGAAAAUUGGGACUGUAAAACCCCCUCGGAAGAAGGACAAGCCAACACGGAAAGAGAGAGAAGAAGAGAUGGAGGCAGCUCUUGAAGCAGCCAAGGGGAUCGAAUUCAAACACAAAAUGAAAGGUAGGAGCAAAGGGGGGAAAAGAGCAAAGAAGAAGCAGGAGGCUGUUGAGAAAGUAAAGAGGAGAUUUGUAGAAGAAAAUAUAAAAGAGAAUGAAGAACUAUCUAAAAAGAAGAGGACAAGAGAUAGUGAAGACACAGCCGAGUUACCGAAAUCUUUGCAGCGGUUUGCUAAGAAGAAAGCCCCAUAAAUUUAUUUUUAUCAUUCUGUAAAAAAUUUUGAUCCGGUGUAGCUAGCCUGUUUUGUUUCUUCACUCUUCUAUAAUGUUAUUUUGGAAUCUCUAGGUAGCAUUUUUUGAGUUCACUUGUAAUCUUGUUUCAGAUUUUACUGUACUCCGAAGUUGGAACACAGUUUAGUUUAAUUAUUCUUGAAUAGAACAUGGAAAAGAUGGAGAUGUGUUCUUUCUU